UAAACUUGACAGUGCCAGAACCAUGCUGGGUUAGCUGACCCAUAUAGCAUUUGACAGGUGUUUGUGACUCACCUAACUAGUAUAUUCGACGGUACCGAUGUUUUCUCGCAGGAUGGGAGCAGUGCGAGGUUCCUCUUCGAUAUGACAACGCCGCACAAACCUACAGCAAAAUCAUCGAACGCUCUUUUGAUAGGGCGGCCUGUAGGCUCGCAUCGCUCUGUACCUGCCUCUUCUUUCCAUACAUCUUGGUGUGUUGUAUUCGGAUGCAAAAUCAUCACAGGCUAUGACGCCAAGAUCAAGGCUACCCUCCCAAGGCUUGGAGCCAAGGGCGAAAUCUGGGGAUGGAAGCCUCUGCGACCUGAGAUGUUCCUGUCUAAUAGAAUAGGCAAACAUAGCCGAGUACUACAUCGGUUUUUGCAAGAGAUGAGUGGCUAUGUAUCUGAGAUCUUGUCUCGGGUGAUGGUUGCUCUUCCUGGCCGUCAAUGCAAGGCUGGGGUUGUAGUUACACGAAACUUUUAUCCAAUCCAUAGAGGAAAUUAUGCUUCGUCUCAAAAUCACGCGAAAGAGGCGUCCCCUUGGCAGGCGCAUCUGCAUCUCAUUAACCGGCUUGGCUCGUCUGGGUUGGCACAUAGCCUGGUGACAAUGAUGGCUUCAAUCUAGACCAUGUUCGGAUCCGGAGAUUCUGUUGUUCGACUAUUCCGUUCUCCAUUGUUCCGAUCGAAGCAUUUUCUCUACAGGUUUACUUCCCUUGCCCCGAACAUCAAGGUCACAAAAAUAUUGACGUAUUCCCUUACGGUCUACUCCGGCCCAUUCGUAAACGUGCAGAGUAGAGGGCCUUGCAGCGGGGUCAUGAACGAAUUUCCGCGGCAGUCCCGAUAAGCAAUACCCAGGGUGGUACGUAGUGUUUUGCAGGGAUCCCCGCAGAUGAGAGGAAAUGAAUUGCCCAAGUCUAAGGUUCCGAGUCCCAAGGUCCUCUGGCUGAACCCUGCUCGAUGCAGGGUCUUCCACAC